AUGUCUAAAACCGAUGAGGAUGGUCUUAUGAAAGAGUUCCAGGAUUUAAUCCGACUAGAAGGCGAAAGGCAAAAACUAGAAGACACCAAAGCGUUUGCGAAAGUGAAACUCGUCACCUACCCGGAAGCAUGGGAGACACCGAAGCCACCCAAGGACGGUCCGAAGACGCUGGAGGAGGCGUUAAAGGAGAUGGGGCCGUUCGACAUGGACUGGGCGGAAUUUGACUUGAAGUUUGCGGACAAGUGGCAUCUGAUCGUCAAGGAAAACACAAAGCCUCUACCUGCCGAGUAUGACAACCCCGAGGGUGUCAGGGACUUGUUCGGACCCGAGGAGAACAUAGAUGAACUCAAGGACAUCCCGGCUGUGUAUUGUAAGAAGAAGAUAGAGACCAGACUGCCUCGCAAGCCCAAGCAGAGGUUGCCGUUCCCGGUGAGGUCAUUACCUGAGGAGCCAUCGCUGCAAGUGACACCGAAAAUGUUGGAGCCCUUCCCUCCCACGAUUGACUGGGAGAAACAACACUACAAACCUAUCUGCGGCGACUGGAUCAAACCCAUGUACAUCAGGUGGGAGGAAUACCCGGAGUAUGACGAUGAUGAGCCCAUUGGGAAGAAACAAUGUCCACCAACACUCAAAGAGGUAGUCACGGAACACGUGAUGCAGAUGAAUGCGAGAAAGGGGAAGAGGAAUAUGGGUCUGUUGAAGAUUAAAGACCCGGUGGAACCGAUGACCAAGGAGGAGCUCGACGACUUUAUUGAGGAGAAGGAGAAGGACGAGCAGUUCCGGAACCUGCUGUACGGAGACAGACCAGACCAUUGGUGGCAGAAGAGGCAAGAUGAGGAACUGAGGGACUAUCGCGACUUCGAGAUCGUCGGGGCCAAGAAGAGGCUGGAGAGAGAUCCGGAUAAAGCCGACUAUAGUAAAAUAGAAAACCCAUUCAUGGAGUUGGAGCUCCCCGUAAUAGAGGAUGACGAAGACAGAGGAAGAGGAAGGGGUAGAGGUAGAGGAGGGUUCAGCAGAGGCAGAGGAAGGGGCAAACAUAGAGGAAAGUGGGAAGAAUACACCCGUGAAGAGGACGCGAUAUGGGGUGAAAGUAACCGAGAUAAUGUACAAGAUAGGCGGAGAGGAGGAGGUAGAGGAUAUUAUGGCUCAAGCAGAGAUACAACGGAUAGUUGGAGGACCAGAGGGGCAGGAGCAUCAGGAUGGAACAGAGGCAAGCUGCCUUCGUAUAGUGGGAGAGGUGCUCAGGAGGACAUGGACACGUUCGAACCAGCUGAAGACCCACCGGACCAGCCCGAGUGACGUCAGCUACCUAUCACCUUAAUCAUGGCCAGA